AUGAGAGUGGGAGAUGGUGGAAGACACACCUUGCACACCACCGCCACCGAAUUCCUCCAAAACAAUCAACCAGACUGGACUGACUCAAUGCACCAAGUCCGCGAAGCGAUUUCCAAAAUUUGUCGAAAGUACCCCGACGAAUAUUGGCUGGACAAGGAUGAUAAGCAUGAGUUCCCGCUGGACCUUCAUCGGGAUUUGGCCAAGGAUGGCUGGCUUGGUAUCUGUAUGCCCCAGGAGUAUGGUGGUUCCGAGUUGGGUAUUUCUGAGGCUGCAGUUAUGAUGCAGACAAUAUCGGAAUCUGGUAGUGGGAUGUCUGGGGCUUCGUCCGUCCACAUGAACAUCUUUGGCCUCGAACCUGUUGUCAAGUUUGGUACUGCGGAACAAAAAGAACGCAUACUAGUACCACUAAUUCAGGGUAAGGAAAAGUCUUGCUUCGGUGUGACGGAACCCAAUGCCGGACUCGACACAUUAAGGCUACAGUCUAGCGCCAAAAAGCAAGGAGACAAAUACGUACUGAAUGGUUCCAAAAUCUGGACGUCGACGGCCCAAAUAGCGGAGAAGAUUCUUAUCUUGGUCAGGACGACGCCUUUGGAUCAAGUCAGCAAGCCAACACAAGGACUAUCUCUCUUUUACACCGACUUGGAUCGAUCGGUGGUCCAGGUAACAGAAAUUCCGAAACUAGGGCGCGCGGCUGUGGAUAGCAACGUUAUUUUCUUCGAAAAUUGGGAGGUUCCGGGGGCUGAGCUUAUCGGAGAAGAGGGUAACGGCUUUAAAAUGAUCAUGUACGGCAUGAAUGCUGAGCGAAUCCUCAUCGGCGCCGAGGCAUUGGGCCUGGGAUUUGCAGCAUUACGUCGAGCAGCAAUUUACGCACAGGAGCGUACUGUCUUCAAUCGGCCAAUCGGAAAGAACCAGGGCAUUCAACAUCCACUAGCAGAGUCAUGGAUGAAGCUGGAGGCAGCAAGACUGAUGCUCUAUCUUGCAGCGCGCCUCUAUGAUCAAGGCCAUUCCACGGGCGAGUACGCAAAUACAGCGAAAUAUCUGGCAGCUGAGGCGGCAUUUGAAGCUUGCGAAAGAGCGGUCCUUACACAUGGCGGAAUGGGGUAUGCUAAGGAGUACCACGUGGAGCGAUAUCUGAGGGAAGCCAUGCUCCCAAGACUUGCACCAGUCAGCAGAGAGAUGAUCUUGAACUAUAUCGGCGAGCGAGUGCUUGGUUUGGCCAAGAGCUACUGA